UGCGAGGGGUGGGGGGUGAAAUUAAACGUGGGAAUAGACAAGAAGCAUUUGUGUGUUUGUACAAUUUCGGGGGAGGGAGAGAUAAGCCACAGGGCAGGGGGGCCCCACUGUCCCCACUGAUCCUGGUAGCCUUGACCACUCCCAGGGACCUGCAAACAGAUUGCCUUCCCCGGGCCUGCCUGCCGGCAUAUCUGGGUCCUCCUGCCCUGCCUGGCCUGUAUGUGGGAGAUCAAAGUCUCAGGUCCACACUGUUGUCUGGGUCCCUGUGGCCCAGUGGGUGGGCUGGCCAGCGGCUUCUUGCCUGCUCCCUGCCUUAAUGCCUCAGUCACCAGGGAGGUGCUAUCCCUUUUCUAUACACUCUCUGUUCCUGCUCGGGGCUCCUCCCAGUAACGUGCCCAGACUCACUGACCAAGGAAGUUCAAAGGUCAGUAUAUUCGGAAGAUUUUUCUAAACCUGUCGGUGUAGAAAGAUUUUCUCAGGUCCCUCCGGCCCCCAGCGGUCCAGAGUUCUUCCGGUCCUGUCUAGCUCUGGUAGGGACAAAUCUCUCUCAUUUACAGCUGCUUAUAAAAUAAUCACUUAGAGGCUUAAUAUUAUUUACAUACUGUAUGGCCUAUGCAGGCCUCUUGCUAGCUAGCUCUUACAUCUUAAAUUAACCCAUUUCUAUUGAUCUAUGCUUUGCCAUGUAUUUCGUGACUUUACUGGUGUGCUGGCAUGUUGCUCCUUGGGCAGCAGACUGGUGUCUCUCCAGCCUCUGCCUUUCUAUUUCCUGUCUCUCUCCUUGGAUUUCCCACCUGCCUCUAAGCUGCUUGCCAUAGGCCAAAACAGCUUAUGUGUUAACCAAUGGGAACAAUAUAUAUUCACAGCAGGUCAGUCCAAGAAGGAGCCUAGAAAGUUCUGGGGCUCCAGGUCCAACAUCUGAUCACCCCAGAAGUGAACUGCGUCCUGUGAGAUCACAGCCCCAAACCUUCAUCCUCUGUUUCCUAGGUCCUGGAGUCCUUGUCAGACAAAGGGAGUACUGGGACCUCUGUCCCCAUAUCUCCUCUCUUCCCUCUCGCCAUGAAAACACCUCAGAAGCAAUGGCUUGAGGUGAUAGGCGCCUACCAAUAUGUGCUCACUUUUCUGUUCAUGGGCCCCUUCUUCACCCUUCUGGUCUUCUUCCUCCUUUUUACCCGGCUCUGGUCCUUCUCUUUUCUCUACUUGGUAUGGUUGUACCUGGACUGGGACACGCCCAACCAAGGUGGAAGGCAAGGCAGGUGGAUGAGAAAGUGGACAAUUUGGAAACACCAAAGAGAUUAUUUCCCGAUCAAGCUACUGAAAACCACAGAGCUGCCUCCUGACCGGAACUACGUGCUGGGUGCGCAUCCCCACGGGGUCAUGAGCACGGGAAUCUUUUGUAAUUUCUCCACGGACAGCAAUGACUUCUGCCAGCUCUUUCCCGGGCUGCGGCCUUGGAUCGCCACGCUGGUGGGACUCUUCUAUCUUCCUAUCUAUCGAGACUACCUCAUGUUCAACGGGCUGUGUCCUGUGAGUCGACAGAGUCUGGACUUCAUUUUGUCACAGCCCCAGCUUGGCCAGGCAGUGACCAUCCUGAUUGGGGGCGCCCAGGAAUCCCUGUACGCGGUUCCGGGGGAGCACUGUAUCACGCUAAGGACACGGAAAGGCUUCGUGCGCCUGGCGCUAAGGCACGGGGCCUCCCUCGUGCCUGUGUAUUCCUUUGGGGAGAACGAUAUCUACAGAUUCAAGUCUUUUGCCCCAAACUCCUGGCAGCAUCAGUGUCAAGUUGCCUUCAAGAGACUCAUGGGAUUUUCCCCUUGCGUCUUCUGGGGCCGUGGUCUCUUCUCUGCCAACUCCUGGGGUCUGGUACCAUUUGCCAAGCCUAUCACUACUGUGGUGGGCCGCCCCAUCCAUAUACCCCAGUGCCUCAAACCCACCGAAAACCAAGUGGAUCAUUAUCACCAACUCUACAUGAAGGCUCUGGAGCAACUGUUUGAAGACCACAAGGAGACCUACGGUGUCCCCGCUUCUACCCACCUCACCUUCCUCUAGACCUGAGACCCUGGACCCUGGGCCUGCAGACUUCCACCAUGUCAUGCUCCACUACUUCAUAAAUGCUAAUUCUGCAGGCGAACAUGUCCAGACAUGGCCAUCCCCAUCCCAAGGUGCUAUAGAAUGUCCCCCACCCCCUAGUCUGGGUCUCUGGUCUCUUCCCACUGAGUCUUGGCUGGUUUUUGUUUUUGUUUUAUUUGUUUGUUUUUGGUUUUUUGAGACAGAGUUUCUCUGUGUAGCUUUGCACCUUUCCUGGAACUCUCUCUGUAGCCCAGGCUGGCCUCCAACUCACAGAGAUCCGCCUGCCUCUGCCUCCCGAGUGCUGGAAUUAAAGGUGUGUGCCACCACCGCCCAGCAUCACCACCGCCCAGUGUUUUUGUUUUGUUUUGUUUUUUGACCUUGGAUAAGUCACUAUCCUAUUUGCCUACGUUUUUAUUAACAUAUGUUAAUUAUACACAAUAGUGGGUCUCAUGGUCCUCGAACGAUGGCUCAAUAGUUAAGAGCACUUGUGGUUCUUGCAGAGGACCCAGGUUGGAAUCCCAGCACCUACAUGGAGGCUCACAACCACCCAUAACUCUAGUUCCAAGGGAUCCAUUGUUCUCUUCUGACCUCCACAGGCACCUGGCGAGCACAGAGUGCACACACAUUCACGUAGGCAAUCACUCAUUCCCAUAAAA